ACUGUUACGUUACAAGUACAAAUAGCGUUGUUCUCUUCGGCAGCCGCUAAAACCCUAAACCCAGGAGGCUUCGAAUUUGAACCGUAACGCAGCCCAGACGAUAACAAUGGCACCGGCCUCUUUAGAUGAAGAGACGGCGAAGAAGGUCCUCCGUCAGGUCGAGUUCUACUUUUGCGACAGCAAUCUCCCUCGCGACAAGUUUCUGAGGCAAACGAUUGAAGACAGCGAAGAUGGACUCGUGAGUUUGGCCCUGAUUUGCACAUUCUCUCGGAUGCGAAGUCAUCUCGGUUUAGGCGAGGUCGGGCAGGAAAACGUUCCUCUUGAUACGAUUUUGGCGGUUGCGGAGACCCUGAGGGAAUCUUCUUCCCUCAAGGUUUCAGAAGAUGGAAAGAGGGUCGGUAGGAGUAGCAAAUUACUGAAGCCGGAAGAGGUGAUAGAGCAAGUGGAUGUAAGGACCAUUGCUGCAACACCAUUUCCUUAUGAUGUCAAGCGUGAGGAUGUGGAGUCUUUCUUCAAUGAAUACGGGAAGGUGAAUAGCGUGAGGCUACCUCGUCAUGUGGCAGCAAAUAAAUUUUUUAGUGGAUACGCGCUGGUUGAAUUCUCAACAGAGGAGUUGGCAAAUGAUGUUUUGAAGCGAAGCUUGGUUUACGCAGGAGCAGAGCUGGAGCUGAAACCAAAGAAGGAUUAUGAUAACGAAAGAAAAUUGCUGUCUGAGGAACUUGGGAAGGUCCGCUCAUCUGAAUACCAAUAUGCAAAAAAUGGACUUCAUGGACAUGAAAAGCAGCUUGAGGAGACAAGCUAUCCCAAAGGCUUAAUUGUUUCAUUCACACUGAAAAGACCAUGUGAGGCAAAUGCUUUGGAGAAAAAUGUGGAUGCUGAGUUGGUUCCAAUGGUUAGCACAUCCAAGGGAGAAGAAACUGAUGAAAACAUUCAAAAAACUGAAGAUAAGCCUGAGGUAGCCCCAAUACAAGAGGAAGAAGGUGCUGGAAAUGAGGAGAAAGCUUCAGUUGAUAAAGCAGUAAAAUCGUUGGAACUUGAGCAAUCAAGUGAUGAAGAAUGCAAAAACGGGAAAAUGGAGAACGCUCUAGACCAAGUCAAGGAGGAAAAUAAGGACAUGAUCUUUCGGGAGGAUAUAAAGAAUGUGUUGCAGAAAUUUGGAACAGUGAAGUAUGUGGACUUCACUAAAGGUGCAGAAUCAGGUUAUGUUCGUUUUGAAGCAGCCGAAGGGGCUCAAAAGGCUCGUGCUGCAGCUGUCCUUUCUGAGAGUGGUGGUUUAACUGUCAAAAGUUAUGUUGCUACCUUGGAAGCAGUAACUGGUGAUGCAGAGAGAGAAUACUGGAAAAAACUACGUGAAAGUCAAGAUAAAGUACGUGAGACUAAAGGCGACUGGGGAAGAGGCAGGCAUGCCAGGGGAAGACGGUUUGAACACAAGAACCGCCGAUCUAGAGAUGGGAAGGGCUCGAAUGAAAGACCAAGCAAAGUUCUAAAAGUGGAAGGCUGAUUUCAAUGUGUGAAUGCUGGGAAGAAACUUGGGGAUGCACCUCCGCGUUUCAGCUCACGGGACACAAAACUGUCCAUAUAAUUUUGAGUGGCGCCAAUUACUGUUUUUGGCAGGAUCAGUUAUUCUAAUUGCCUAUUUGAAUCGUAUACAUGAUACAUCAAAAUGCAAACAACGGUAGUCUUUGCAUAUAAGCAAAGAAGAUUUUGGUAUGAAUUUUUCUACUUGUCUCAUCCCCAUUGUGAAUCGUGGAAUUGAUUAAUAACGCAUACAUGUAAUUUGUUCAGUCA